GCUCUGCCGGCCCCUGCACCCCAGGAAAUCAACCUUGAUCUUUUUGCUCAGGUCCCUACCCCGACGGUUGUCCAAGCCACUGGACUUCCUACGAUUGUCACCUUUGAUACCAAAGCUCUUCUCGCCUCGGCAACCAAGGCUUCCUCUAUCUCGGUAGCCAUCACUGAUGCUGCUUCCUCGACUCCGAGUAUAGUGAAGCGUGCAGUCUGCUCACCUCAACCCUCUGGCUAUGGACCUGUUACCAACAACCCCAAGGACGACGCUGCUUCGUUUCUGGCUAACCCUGUCUACGCCAAUGCAGCCAAUGCCGCCGCGGUCCCUGCUGGAUAUGCGCAGACAUUCCAGAACUUGAAUGCCAGUAGCAGCGCAUAUGGCUAUAUGGGGUUCACUUACCUUCAAUCUUACAGCCCCCAAACUUGCGCCACUAAGUGUAACGCCAUUAAAGGAUGCAUGGGAAUCAACAUCUACUUUGAACGCGACCCAAAGCUUACUCCCGACGCGACCUCCUGCCCCAAUCCCGCUUCCCUGACUCAAAUCAAGUGUGUGUACUGGGGAGGCCCUGUGACGGUGUCCAACACCAAGAACUAUGGCAGACAAUGGGUCGGCUUCUCCGUGGUAGUCGCAGGCUCCAACGGCUACGUGAACCAGAACAUCGCCGCACCUUCUGGUUAUUCGGACGCCAACUACCUCGGAAACGCAGCCAUCGCCGCUCCUUACGAUUCGCUGGGCUACAACACUUUCAUGGGAGCCAAAGUGUUCGCAUCAGGCCCCUUUAACGCAACUCUCUGUACCGAAGCCUGCAACGCACAAAAUGUGUACAACCUUGCCAACCCACCAGCCGAUGGCAGCCCAGUUCAAACUUGCCAGUUUGUCAAUACCUACAUCCUGAGUUUGAACAGCAAGACGGCAUUGGGCCAGUACUGCGCCAUGUACAGCUCCGCCUGGGCCAACAAAUACGCAACUAACGUUGGACAAUGGCAAGGCAACGAUCGCUACACUGUGGGCUUCUCGUACUCCUUCUCCAACGUCACAAACCCUGGUACCACACCCAACAAAGCC